AUGGCGCUGUCCCCAGGCCCAGCUACCCUCCCGCACACACUGCUGCUCCUGCCAGCCCUUCUGAGCUCAGGUUGGGGGGAAUUGGCACCAGAAAUUGAUGGUCAGACCUGGGCCGAGCUGGCACUUCGGGAGAACGAGCGGCACGCCUUCACCUGCCAGGUGGCAGCGGGGCCUGGAACCCCCCGAUUGGCCUGGUACCUGGAUGGACAGCUGCAGGAGGCCAGCACCUCGAGACUGCUGAGCGUGGGCGGGGAGGCCUUCUCUGGAGGCACCAGCACCUUCACUGUUACUGCCCAGAGGGCCCAGCAUGAGCUUAACUGCUCCUUGCAGGACCCCGGCAGUGGCCGGUCAGCUAAUGCCUCUGUCAUCCUCAAUGUGCAAUUUAAACCAGAGAUUGCCCAGGUCGGGGCCAAGUACCAGGAAGCUCAGGGGCCAGGCCUCCUGGUUGUCCUUUUUGCCCUGGUGCGGGCCAACCCACCUGCCAAUGUGACCUGGAUCGACCAGGAUGGGCCGGUGACUGUCAACGCCUCCAACUUCCUGGUGCUGGAUGCCCAGAACUACCCUUGGCUCACCAACCACACUGUGCAGCUGCAGCUCCGCAGCCUGGCACACAACCUCUCCGUGGUGGCCACCAACGACGUGGGUGUCACCAGCGCCUCGCUUCCGGCCCCGGGGCUUCUGGCCACCCGAGUGGAAGUGCCGCUGCUGGGCAUCGUUGUGGCUGGAGGGCUUGCCCUGGGCACCCUGGUGGGGUUCAGCACCUUAGUGGCCUGCCUGGUCUGCAGGAAAGAGAAGAAGACCAAAGGCCCCUCCCGGCGCCCAUCCCUGAUCUCUAGUGACUCCAACAACCUGAAACUCAACAACGUGCGCCUGCCACGGGAGAACAUGUCCCUCCCGUCCAACCUUCAGCUCAAUGACCUCACUCCGGAUUCCAGAGCAGGGAAGCCAGCAGACCGGCAGAUGGCUCCGAAUAACAGCCGGCCAGAGCUGCUGGACCCGGAGCCUGGUGGCCUCCUCACCAGCCGAGGUUUCAUCCGGCUCCCCAUGCUGGGCUAUAUCUAUCGAGUGUCCAGUGUGAGCAGUGAUGAGAUCUGGCUCUGAGCAGGGCGAGAUGGGGGGUGCCCUCUUGGCUUCUGGGCCCCCUCCUCCUCCAAGGCCACCGCUGCCUGGCCCCGUUGCCACUGGGAAGAGGUCAUGCCUCUGCUGCUUCUGCUUGCCCUCCUGGCUGGGGUGCCCUCUGUGUCAUCCUCAUGAUCUGACCCUCAGGGGCACAGGUACCUUGGCAGAGCCACCAGCUGGACCUCAGCCCCUUGUUCUAACUCAGGUAGGGGGGGCCUUCAGUGACACCCGUGCCCUGGCGGAUGGAGCUCUUUGUGCAGGUGUGUUUGCAGGUCAUCUGGCAUCUAAGUGUGGUGUGGCUCGGCCGGUCUGGGCCUGCCCUUUGCCACACACCAGUACUCUUAGCACUUUGUACAGCAGGCACGAGGGUGUGCCCAGUGCGGGGGGGGGACAGGGAGGGCCCUGCAUGUCUUCAAUUUCCUCCCCAUGCUGUGCAGCUUUGUUCCCUCAGGGAAAAUUUAGGACCCUGAUAUUAGCUGUAUCGAACCAAACUGCCCUUUACACGGGAACCAACCUCUGGCCCGGGGCAGUGGCCAAGCACAAGCUAAUCCCUUUUGCUACAUACCUCUCCGCCCUUCUCUGUCUCUGCCUCCUCUUGGGCAUCAUACGUUAUACAUUGGACCUUCUCCAUUUCCCCACUGGGCACUAUACUGCCCCACUGACCUAGCCUUGGUGGUGCCAGGGCCUGGCGUUAGCACAAGUCAAGAGGAAAAGAGGGAGGCGGGAAGUCCAGUGGCACCCCUGGCA